AUGCCCAUUAUCAAGGACAGAGAUGUCAUUGCUCAGGUCCAGUCUGGCGCUGGAAAGACCACUACUUUCUCUAUCUCCGCUCUGCAGAAGAUCAACCCCAAUAUCAGGGCCUGCCAGGGUCUGAUUGUCGCUCAUACUCGUGAAUUGGCUCUGCAGAUUCAGAAGUACGUCAUCGCCCUCAGUGAAUUUAUGAAUAUCGAGUGCUGUGCCUGUAUUGGUGGCACUUCUCUCCUUGAGGACAUGAAAGACCUCCGCGAGGGCCCUCAGCUAGUUGUUGGUACCCCGGGCCGUAUCCACGACCUAAUCCAGCGCCGUGUCUUCCAAACCGAAGAGAUGAAGCUUUUCAUCCUCGACGAGGCUGAUGAGAUGUUGUCUCGCGGUUUCGCGGACCAAAUUUACACAAUCUUACACUUCCUUCCUAAGUCCACCCAGUUUGUCCUUCACUCUGUCACCAUGCCCCAAAAUGUCCUUGAGGUUACCACUAAGUUCAUGCGUGAUCCCGUCUGUAUCCUAGUCAGGAAGCAGGAACUUCCGCUGGAAGGUAUCAAGCAGUUCUACAUUGCUAUUGAAAAGGAGGAAUGGAAGCUCGACACUCUCUUCGAUCUCUAUGAGACCGUUCCCAUCACCCAGGCCGUCAUUUUCUGCGACACUCGCCGCAAGGUCGACUGGCUCACCCACAACCUGACCGCCCGUGACUUCUCUGUCUCUGCCAUGCACGGUGACAUGGAGCAGUCCCAGCGUGAUGGUAUCAUGAAGGAGUUCCGCUCUGGAUCUUCCCAUGUCCUGAUCACCACUGACCUUCUUGCCCGCAAUAUUGAUGUCCAAGUGUCUCUGGCCAUCAACUACGGUCUUCCCGCCAACCAUGAGAACUAUAUUCACCGUAUUGGUUGUGGUGGUUGUUUAGGUCGUAAGGGUGUCACCAUUAACUUCGUCACUGCCGAUGACGUCCGUAUGAUCCGUGGGAUUGAACAGUUCUACAGCACUCAAAUAGAGGAGAUGCCCAUGAACGUUGCUGACAUCAUCCGUAGCUCUCAGCUACCUAAUGUCUGA